AUGUCCAAGAUUGCAGGUCAAUUCCUUUCUUCCUUUAUCGCAUGGAGAGAUGCAAAAAUUUUAGCACAAUUUCCAAAUAUCGCAAAAACUGAUCUAGCCACUCUGACAGUUCCAGGAUUCCUCGCGUUGACCACUUUCAAUCCGACCACUAAGACUGACUUUGUCAAGCAAAAGUCUGAACAGUAUUUCAUUGACAUUUGCAACUACUUCCAGAGUGACCUCGGUUUGGCAGCUCUAGGAUUGACCAGACCAACACUCAAUGCAGAGCUGCUCGAGAUGGUACAGGACACCAAGGUUUCCACCUUCUUCCGUAACUACUCCCGCUGUUUGCUUCUCCAAACUCUCUACAAUCUCGAAGAAGCCGGUAGCUACAAGUCAUCGAUCAGAGGUGGCAGAGUAGAGUUGGAGCUCAAUCAUAUUGGUGGUAGCUCGUGGUUCACCCGUAUCAAUAUGAUGUUGUACUUUAUUGCGUUGAAGGAGUUGGUUCCAGCGUUCAUUCCAUACAUCUACCACUACGCCACAUUCAACGGCAAGGUCAGACCAUACAUGUUGGCUGCACCAAAGGUCACUGAAUGGGUCACCGCUGCCGUCACUUUCCAACUCGCCAACAUCGACAACGACAACGAGUUUGACACGUACAGAUUCGCAGAGUUAAAGACCAAACUCGAUCUUUUACAACCAAAUCUUAUCUUGUCCAACGAUGUCUUGACUACCUACAUCUACACAACGUUGGCAUUCUACGCCACUGGAAAUCUCAUCAACACACCGCUCGUCAGAAGCAUCAUCUCUGCCACCGCUCUCAAGAUUCUCAAGAGAAUCCAAAAGAAUACAACACAUCCACUGCUUCCAUUGAUCGCCAAUCUCAAGACUGCUUUCGGUGGAACCAACGAAUCCGUAGCGGAAAAGCUUUCCAAUCUCAUCUUCAAAGUUGCCUUGGAGAAUCCAGCCAUUCCUAACAUUUUGCCAACCACUGUAGAUAGUCAAGCAACUGCCAACUAUAUCAAUAAGAAUCUUCAGGAACCAGAGUUUGAUAAAUUCAAAGCCGAUGCAAACUUUGUCAAGUUGGCAGGUGGUAUGAUGAAUGCUUGCCACGUCGGUGUCUUGGCAUACGGUCUCCUCAAUCCAAGCUUUUUGGAUUCCUUUGAAAUCGGACUCCUCUAUUGUCCAGAGGAGCCACUCUAUGUCGCGCGAUAUGACGAUGGUUUGGCUGCCAAACGUGUCUACACUGUUAUGGGUGAAUUCCUCUUUGAAAUCACCAAGCAUCGCGCCGUAAGAACAGACGGUCCAAACGAUGUGUUGGAAGCAUUUGACGCACUCGUUCCAAGAAUCCUAUUUGGUGACUCUGCCAAACUUGUAAGAAAAUUGAUUCCAUCGCUAUACACACUCGCCAGAGAUAUCAAUACCUACAUGCUCCUCACCAGAGACAAAAUCAGAAGAUGGGGAUCGUAUGCACUCACCUUUAGCGAGGUUCAAGACGAUAAUAUCACUGGUAUCUGCAAGAUGUACAGCACUACAUCGUACAGCUCCGGAUCCACAACAUUGACAAUUGGUGCUUCGCUCUUUGGUAGAUCUAUGGGUCAUUACCUCAAGGCACCAUUGAUCGCAGUCAUUAAUUCGAUCAACAACGAUUCAGUUGAAACCGAUCCAAUUCAUGACUUUAUUCAAUCAACUGGAGAUCUCAGAAUCGAUUAUGACCAAGAAAAUGCAGAUGUCUCAGGCUGGGAGUCUCAAUUUGAAAGCCUAAGCUUGGAAGCCCAAGCUGGAAUUAAUAUUUUGGCUGCACCUCAACUUUGCUUCAAUGCCGUUAUGUGUUCUUUCUCUACUAGAAUUAAUCAUCUCGAAUGA